AUGGGACAAGGCCAGAGCGGAUUGCCACGCCAGACGCGGGAGGAGGCUGCGAAGAAGAAGGAGGACGCUGCCAAGCAGAAGAAGAAGAAGUUUGAGCCGCGUGGCGGGGCCAUGACGCGCCGACGCCGUAAGAAACGAGGUCCAGCCGCUUCCGUGCGGAUCCCGACGGUGUACCCCACCGCCAAGUGCAAGUUGCGGUUGCUCAAAAUGGAGCGCAUCAAGGACUUUCUGCUCAUGGAGCAGGAGUUCAUCCAGAAUCAGGAGGUCAUGAAGCCAAAGCAGGAGAAGGACGAGGAGGAGCGGUCCAAGGUGGACGAUCUGCGGGGUACGCCCAUGGGCGUGGGCACGCUCGAGGAGAUGAUUGAUGACAACCACGCGAUCGUUUCGUCAUCAGUGGGGCCUGAGUACUAUGUGGGCGUCAUGUCGUUUGUGAACCAAGACAUGUUGGAGCCAGGCUGCUCGGUGCUGCUCCACAACAAGGUCAUGUCGGUCGUGGGGAUCCUGGCCGAUGAUACGGAUCCAAUGGUGAGUGUCAUGAAGGUGGACAAGGCGCCGCUCGAGUCGUACGCGGAUAUCGGAGGGCUCGAGUCGCAAAUUCAGGAGAUUAAAGAAGCGGUGGAACUGCCACUCACACAUCCAGAGCUCUAUGAAGGCAUUGGCAUCCGCCCACCGAAAGGAGUGAUUCUCUACGGCGAACCGGGGACGGGCAAGACGCUGCUGGCAAAAGCGGUGGCAAACCAAACGUCGGCUACGUUCCUGCGUAUCGUUGGCUCGGAGCUGAUUCAAAAGUACCUGGGUGACGGUCCAAAGUUAGUGCGUGAGAUGUUCCGUGUAGCUGACGAUCAUGCGCCGUCGAUCGUGUUUAUCGAUGAAAUUGACGCGGUCGGCAGCAAGCGCUACGAUUCGAGCAGUGGCGGAACCCGUGAAAUUCAGCGUACGAUGCUCGAGCUUCUGAAUCAGCUGGAUGGCUUCGACGAGCGCGGCGAUGUGAAGGUGAUCAUGGCGACGAACGCAAUCGAAAGCCUCGAUCCCGCGCUGAUUCGUCCUGGUCGUAUUGACCGAAAGAUCGAGUUCCCUCUUCCGGAUAUCAAGACGAAGCGUCGUAUAUUUGGCAUCCACACGGGCCGCAUGAGCUUGGCAGACGAUGUAGACUUGGAAGAAUUCGUCAUGACCAAGGACGAGCUCUCGGGAGCUGACAUCAAGGCUGUUUGCACUGAAGCUGGUCUGCUCGCCCUGCGUGAGCGUCGUAUGCGUGUGACGCAAACGGACUUUCGAAAGGCGAAAGAAAAGGCGCUUUACAAGAAGAAGGCCAACAUUCCGGAAGGUCUUUAUCUAUAA